UAUGCUCCACCGCACCCACUGGAAGCUGGAGGCUGCCUGGGAAGCUGGAGCAUCCCUGUUUUGUCACCUACCGACCCAGCGUCAGUGAACACAAAGCAGCAGAGCCACAGCCUCAUGGUGACCGUGUGAGCAGACAUGGGAUGCAGGAGGGGAGGGAUCGCUCAUCCAUCGCUGAGUUAGCUGACUGGGGCUGUUUCUAAUCCAACACUACAUCCAACACCAUGGCUAAACAGUAUGAUGUGCUCUUCCGACUCCUGCUCCUCGGAGAUUCUGGGGUUGGGAAAACAUGUUUGUUAUGCAGAUUCACGGACAACGAAUUUCACCCGUCUCACAUCUCCACCAUCGGAGUCGACUUCAAAAUGAAGACACUGCUAAUAGAUGGUAUCAAAGUACGGAUACAGAUAUGGGACACGGCAGGCCAGGAAAGAUACCAGACCAUCACCAAGCAGUACUACAGACGAGCACAGGGAAUCUUCCUGGUGUAUGAUAUCACGAGUGAGCGAUCCUUCCAGCACAUCAUGAAGUGGGCCAGUGAUGUGGACGAGUACGCUCCGGAGAAGGUCCGGAAGAUCCUCGUGGGGAACAAAGCAGAUGAGGUAGACAAGAGACAGGUGGCCACAGAGCAAGGCAUCAAGCUGGCCAAGGCUUACGGAAUGGACUUCUUCGAGACAAGUGCCUUCACCAACCAAAACAUAACAGAGACUUUUACACGACUGGCUGAACAGGUGCUGGCAGCCAAUAGAAAGGACCUGGAUCUUCUCCGGACGUCCAUUAAUGACGAGAUUAAUCUUGCUGCUCUAGAGGAAGAGGAAGGACUCUGCGACAGCGCGGCUGGCGACCAAGGCAAAGGCUGCUGGUGUUAAAGAAACAAUUUAAAUUAGUCUGUUAUCACCAAACACUCUGCACACGCUGGGCAAAAUGUGUCUCCUUUUGUUGAAAUAAAUGGGAACAUCAACCUGCAAUUUUUAAAGCAGCUAUGUUCCUCUGUUUCACAUUAGCAUUGCCAGAAAUGCUAACGAGCCAUUUGAGAGCAGUUUCAAGGACAAAGGUGGAAACAUUUUGCCACGCGGUGCCAAGUGUGUGGUGGAUUAGCUGACUGAAGGUCCAAAUGUCAAGGUUUCCCUCAGUGGGCCUGAAUGUUCAUUGUCUAAAGCACUAAUUCCUGCUCAGUUCAGUGUGUCUUUGGUGUAAACAAAUGCAAACCCUGUCCACUACUAAUUCUGCAAUUGACAAAUAGUUGAAAAGACUAAACACAAAACUUCCAGGAGAGCUGUAAAUGAAGAUUGCAUCAUCUUUUCUUGCAGAAUUUGUACAGUUGUCUGAUGUAGAGGACGGGGAAUGACUUCAUCACUGACUUGAAACUUUUAACAAGGUUGUGUUUCAUGUUAUUUUCCAAGCGCUGUCUCUGAUAUUGAUCAUAGGGCUGGCAAAUCAAUGACUGAUUACAUUUGGCCUUCAUCCACCCCUUUGUGUUGUGGGUAUUAGCUCUCCUGCACCCAUAACCUUUCUACCUUUGAAUGCAUGAGAUGUAGUGUGAGGAUUUGACCACAAGAGGGUGCUCCAUGCAUUGAGAAAACAGCACACACACUGGAGAGGUGUUCAGUGUUAAGUUAUGCUAGUUUACUCUCUUAUGUGUUUGUUUUAAGUUGUAAUUGCACUUGAAAUCAUGGGUGGAUUAUGAGACAAUGGGCCCCCGGGCACAGAUAUGCAAAAGGCCCCAUCACCUCUUCUAUGUAGGAGUAAGACACACAGACUUUGUGGUUUGGUAUUGCCUCUUCUUUAUUGUUGUUGUUGUUUUACUGCGCUUUGUAGUCUUUUUGUGUCACUUUUAAGUUAUUUUGCGUCUUUUUUGGUCGUUUUCGUGUCUCUUUGCAGUUCCUUUGCAUUCCCUUCGCUAAGUCCCGCCCCUGGACGCAGACUGGCCAAUCAUAACGAAGCAUAGGGCCGGCUCAGACCAGGGUCCAACACCAACACAGCUGUGCUCCAUUGAUUCUAAUGCAAUCGUUUCAGAUUUCCUUCAUUUUCAGGCUUGUUUUGUGGCUUUGGAGCUAAAUGUUGUGCCUGGGGCACGUUGUGUAUUAAUGAAUCCCAUUACCUGGAGAGGUUGGAAAAAGAUAUACGUUUCUUCUCUGUUCCAGAACCAAACCUUCAAGCUGAUUUUGUAGAACCCUCUGUCUGCUUCUCUCUGGAAUCACUAUUUAAUUUUUCCAAAAAUAUGAUAAUGUUUCUUCUCCAUGCUUAUUCCGACAGCUUGUUGGACCAUCACAAAGGGCGGGGCUUAAAAAGGUCAAUUCCAUGCCAUUAUGCUGCCUCGCUGUUCUGUAUUAAGGGUACAAUCGCAGAAUGGGGGACAGAGUUGUCUCACCUUUAAGCUGGCAGUAAAGGUAAUAACAGUGCUGAAAUGUGUCCAUGUAAAAGGGCAGCUGGCAGGAUGGGACUAUGGAUGGCACCUCUUAUGAGGUUGAAAAAGACAUGUUAUAUGUGUGACCCACCGUCGGAAGAUUUAAAAAGCAGCUGGUAGUAGUAGUAGUUAGCAGCUGACUCAAAAUAAGAACAGUGGCAGAAAAUGUCAGCAAAUUGGGAAAACAAUGAGGUCUGGGAGCUCCUUAUUCUCUGAGGAGAGGGCGAGAUCAGCUGCCAUGUAACAAGGAAGAUAAAUGAUUGUUAUUACCAUUGCAAGUGGGUAGGGAUGCUGGAGAAUAUUCCCACCUUAUGUUAUUCUAUGUAAAAAUUCUGCCCAUUUUUUUUCACGAUCCCUCCACAUUGUUCAACAAAGAAACCGAACAUCAAAAUGUUCUGCUCAGUUAGGACGUGUGCUUGUAUUUCAUAUCAUAAAAAAACUUUCCAAAAUAUUCAGUUUAUUGAGAAAUUUUCACCAUUUAAAUGAGGAACGCCCACGUUUAAUACAAAUGGAAGGUUCUUCAAACAUUUUCAAAAUCUAUUUCUACAUUCACGUAGAAACUCCAAAAACUUUAAAAUCUUUCGUACCUUCUGGCUUGUAUUCAACUCUGAAAUCCUAUUCACACUUUUUGAAAUAUUCAGACUUUUUUUGAAGCAUGGUAGAAAUGCCCUCCUCAGGUUUUUACAUUGGUGUGUAUAGGACAAAAUGUUCAGAGUUAGAGUGGGGGACUCAGCUGUCAGAGUGCAGAGAGCUUCUUAAACCUUUUCUCUUUAGCUCACUGUCACACCCACAAUUUUUACUCCACAUACAUCAUUUUUGGUCAAAAUGGAGUAAAACUUGUGCUCUUUCAAAGAAUGUAGCUAUGGAAACAAUCCGACUUACACGUUUGGCACAGUGAGCCUGAAAGUCAGAGAAACUCCACCAACUGUCGCAUUGAACUCAGUGUUAACUGAGACCAGGAAUCUUAAAAUAGUCCAUAGAUUUCAUGCAUUAAUGGUAUUAUUCAACAUUUAAAGCCAGUCAGCUUUGCAAAAUGCAGCAUUCACACCCGCAAUUCUCAAGUUGUUCAUAAUGUGCUGGCAAUGUGUAUGUCACACUAGAGGCUAAUGUUGUUUCAUUCUGUGUAAAAAUGCAAAGUUGACAUAAAGAAGGGACUUCAUAGCGCUCCAUCGUGCAAUCUCUGUGUUAAAGAAUAAAGGCCUUUGGAGUCUCUUCCUGGUUAAUCUGUGUUAAUUUAAGGGACAUUGUGCAGAUGAAGGCCAGGGGGGCCCUGACACUUUGGGCCCCUGGGCCUGUGCCCAGCAGACCUGUUCAAUAAUCCAUCCAUGCUUGCAAUGACUACCUUUAAUGUGAUGAAAAGAUUUUAAGUAUAUGCAGCCAUUUUAUUCUUUUCUUUGUUUAUAUGCAAAUAUUUGCUCCAGAGGAAGUUUUGCAGCUUGUAAAAUCAUCCAUGUAAGACCACACAUACACUCUGAUUGUUUGCCGUUAAGUUUACCUGUUUAAGUCGUUAACUGAGGGAAACAUUGAGAGCAAAGUGAUUAUAUUUCCCUGUAGCAAAACUGAAGAUAUUUUUCAUUUUAUAGUGUGUGUUUAUAACAGAAAGUAUCUCAAAGAACAGAUAGCUUGAUAAUUGCCCACUGCAUUGUACAUACCAGGUUUUUCAGAGAAUUGUAGAUCGGUAGAAUCAUGAGAAUACGCCAUUUAUUUAAUGUGUUACCAUUAGAGGGCUGUAUAAAAACGUUGAUAUCCUAGAUGGUCUGAAAUAUUCCCUCUGUGAAGAUAAUAAUGUCUUGGUCAUUCUGUCCUUUUCUCACUGUUUUGUACAGAGUCCAGUGGAGAUGCCAUUUCUUCUUUUCCCCCCUUAGACUUUAAAAGGGACAAGCGAGAGUUUUGCAUGCGACCCACUCUUCUUUCCUUUCCUUUAUUGCAACUUCAAUGAAGUUAAUGAUCAACUGACCGUCAUACAAGUAUAGCAUUUGACCAGAGUUGCCUGUUUGAGACUUAAACAGAAUGGCCAUCAUCGGACGAACUUUGGCUACUUUUUUCUUUUUUUUCUUUUUUUUUUUUUUUGCAACUUAGUAAUACGAAAUGCUACUCAAAACAGUUGUUAAUCUGUGCACUGUGUGAAAUGGCAGUAUGUUGUGCGGAAUGAUGUUCUGGACUAAGCUCUAGAUACACAAUGUAUCUGUGUUGUUUUCAAGAACUCUUUUUCUUUCUUUUAGACUACUUCAACUUGUAUUUGUGGAAAUAUAUUACAUGCAACAUGUAAAAUGCAACAUGUUAUUCUUGGAGAAAAGAUGUCAGAUGUUUAUGAUU